AUGAGCGCAGACGCGAAUAACAAUAAACCAGGAUCGGUAGAGGAACCGAAAUCCAAAGAGACUCCGAAGUUCGAUCUGGCAAAAGAGAACCCUCGCUGUGCCGAAUGGAUGGAUGAUUGCAUCAAAAGACUUAACAGUCUCUACAAGGACACCAGCAUCAACAUUUGCGGUGUCAUGUCUGGCCAUGAGAUCAUUGCCAUUAUCCGACUUGUUGAGAAUAUUUUCAUGGAGGAAAGCAAUCUUUGUGAAGCUGAAGCUCCCAUCAAAGUUAUCGGAGACAUCCAUGCCCAGUACCAGGAUUUGAAUCGUUUGUUCGAUUUGAUUGGAAGAGUUCCAGAGGAGAAAUUGAUGUUCCUUGGUGACUACGUGGAUCGCGGACCACAAGGAAUCGAAGUCGUUGUCUUGCUAUUCUGCCUCAAAAUUCGUUAUAGAGAUCGCAUCUUCCUUUUGCGUGGUAACCAUGAAACUCCAUCAGUUAACAAGAUCUAUGGGUUUUACGUCGAAUGUCAGUACAAAUACGGUGUUGGGUUGUGGUGGGAUUUCCAAGCUUGUUUCAAUCGUAUUCCUAUGGCCGGUCUCAUUUCGAAAAAAGUUCUUUGCAUGCAUGGAGGUCUCUCUCCAGAACUUGUGAAUCUUGACACCAUCAGAAAUAUUCCCCGUCCUUGUGAACCACUUGAUCGUGGACUGUUGAUUGAUUUGUUAUGGUCGGAUCCAACGAACAAAGGAGAAGGAUGGUUUCAUUCUAUUCGAGGAAUCAGUUAUAUGUUUGGAAAAGGAGUUGUCGAACAAGCAUGCAAAUCUCUUGAUAUCGAUCUGAUCAUUCGUGCCCAUCAAGUUGUUCAGGAUGGAUAUGAAAUGAUGACUGGACGUCGCCUGAUUACGGUGUUUUCGGUUCCAAACUAUUGUGCUCAAUUCACUAAUGCUGCUGCCGUUGUUUGUCUCAAUGCAAAUCUCCAGAUUUCAUUCCAACAAAUGUUGCCACCUGCUUUACCGGAUAGUUGCAAAGCCAAGGCUGCUCCUGCGAUUGCUGUUGAUCUGAAUUUGGAAGCUGCUCGUGCUGAUAAGGAAACGAUCAAGCCGUUUGCGAAAGAAGGCAGCAAAGAAGGAGGAAAAUCGUGA